AUGAGCAUUCAUGUGAGCAAAGCUUGCAAAAUGGUCUAUAUUCCAUCAGACAGAUCCGGAAGUAUUUAUCGGAAGAUGCUACCAAAGUCCUGGUAAACGCCUUUGUGACAUCUCCGCCGUCAUCUCGACUACUGCAACUCCCUGUUCUAUGGCAUUCCAAAAUACCAACAUGAUCGCUUGCAGCGGAUUCUACACGCAGCUGCACACAUUGUCUGCCUGUUAUCCAGUCACAUCACACUAUAGUCCUUUUUUAAUCGGUUACCAGUGCCCUACCGGAUUCAAUUUAAAAACCUGCUACCUGUCUACCUGAAGAAAUUUCUAAGUUUUAAGGAGAGUGCUUCCUACCAUUUACUGAGAUCUAAUACCACGUAUGAAUUAAAUGUUCUAAAAACAAAGUGUAAGACCUUUGGCGACAGGGUCUUCGCUCGUGUUGGUCCCCCACUUUGGAACAUUCUUCGUUCAGGUAUAAGGAGUAUCCGGGGCUCGAAAGUCGACCCGUUGUAUUUCGUUUUACAUUUGCCCAAUGAGCCAAUUCUUGUACAGUGAUUGCGGUGUUGUACUUUCACUUUCUCUAAGUGUACUGUUUGUUAAUAUGUGUUAGUGUUUUUUUUUUUCAGUUGUUAUUAGUGCUUAUAUGCCAGAUAUAUGG